AUGGUAGUUGUCGACAUCGGUCCCCGUGCCCUUCUUUCGAUCGCCGAUUACGACCAUGCGUGGACAGGCAUCUACGUUUGGGAAUACAUCACAUCGCUGUCGUAUGACUGGGGAUAUCUCACGGAACGCAAGCAGCGUCGUUGGACGACAUGGAUAUACCUAUCGUGUCGCUCUAUGACUGCUAUAUCUCUGUUCCUAUUCCUUGCCUAUGUUGAUAUUCGUACCGGACAAUCUUUUCAUUGUUCACCUCUAUAUGCCUGCAUGCUGGCCUGCUGCUACAUAUCUUUCCAAUUGUCUACGCUUCCGGUGGUCCUGAGGAUCUUAGUCGUCUGGGCCCAUUGGCCCCCAAUCGUCAUCUUUGCAGUGGCAGGUUGGACGAGCAACCUUGCCAUCAUGCUUUGGAGCAUCGUUGGGGCAUCCGCGUCUUGGGUCCAGAUAAGCGAUGACGGCGGUACCGGUGGGCAAUGUCUGUCCCCUUACGACGCUCGUAACAAUCGUGUGCUCGAGAUCGUCACUUUCGGUGUCGACACCGCUCUUGUGCUCUGCAUGAUCAUUGGACUCCAGUACAAAGAGGCUAGAGGUCCUUCCACUACCCUGUGGAACAUAUUACAUCGUCAGGCAUUCAUAUGGUUGGGUGUGAUAUUGCUGGCUGAGGUCCCGGCUGUCGUACUCACGUUCGUCGACUUGAGAGAUCUGUUGCGCGAGUUGCAUCUCCUCCCGAAGCUGACAAUUAUAACUAUCAGCAGCAGCAGGAUGUACCGUUCUCUGAACUCCUACCUUGUAGAACGGACCGGCAGCAGCCAUCGACCGACUCACGCGGGCAUGGAGAACACAAUCGCUCUUGAAGCGAUGGGCAAUACCUGCAAAAGAGCCCAACCUCUUGUCGUCAAUGUACACACCGAACAAAUCCAGUACACGUCGGACGCGGAUGAAGCCACGCAGGAGGCAAGCAGGCGUGCAUUGAGGCAUAGGAAUCGUUAUUACUCGCGCCACAAGGCCGCAUCUCUUAGCGCCCGAGACAUACAGUUUCUAUGA